UUUGGUCUCUGCUAGGAGCGGUAUGACGAAAGGAACGUCAUCGUUUGGAAAGCGUCGCAAUAAGACGCACACGCUGUGCCGCCGUUGUGGCUCGAAGGCCUAUCACCUUCAGAAGUCGACUUGUGGCAAAUGUGGCUACCCUGCCAAGAGAAAGAGAAAGUAUAAUUGGAGUGCCAAGGCGAAAAGACGAAAUACCACUGGGACUGGUAGAAUGAGGCACCUGAAAAUUGUAUACCGCAGAUUCAGGCAUGGAUUCCGUGAAGGAACAACACCUAAACCCAAGAGGGCAGCUGUUGCAGCAUCCAGUUCAUCUUAAGGAUUUCAGUGACUAGUCACACAAUAAAUGUUCUGGUUUUAAAAAAAUAA